AGGGCCCGAGGGUGACGAAGAAAUAAAGCUUGAUUUUACAAGCAUUGAAAAAGAAUUGUUACGGGAACAAUCAAAUGAGUGGGAAGUCGGUACCAUAAAUGUAUCGCAAAGAUUUAGAAAAUAUCAAAUAGAAAUCCUCGAGAAAGCGAAGACUGAUGGAAUAAAAUGGUGUGAUUUUCAUGAAGUGUUGGCAUUGUCUUCCGUAAUUGUCUUAAAUUCGCCUUGCCCCUACCCUGAUCAUAUUUUCACCAUUCGGGAAUGGCGGACGAUUACACGUGAGAAUCCCUAUGUUAUAACUGAACCGGUACUGCCAUCGGAUGUAUGUUUCUCUUUACGGAAUUCUUUGGCCGAAUUCAUGGAAGGCAAGGCCCCUUUUUUUAUCCUUGGGAGAUUCCGAAAUCGGGCGGGUGGUCUCACGAAUAUUUAAUGACAUAUGUAGCAGUGUUCCUAAAGUUGCUCCAGCAAAAACUUCAGAGGACGAGCACUGCUUUAAGUUGCUACAUCCAAUCAUCCGUCCAUUGUUUUUCACCGAUUCACGCGAAGAAUACGUUAUUCGACUGAAUCGUACUACUAGCGGUUCGACGACAAGGCCUGAUUUUUCGUGCCUGGUUAACGAUAUUCCUAUCUUGAAUUCAGAGAUAAAGCCAUCCGGAUUCACACCUCUCCAAGGACAAAAGGACAAGUUGAAGGUACAGUUGAGAGCGCGAAAGUCAAUCAAUCAAUUAUUAAGAACGAAAGGUGGACCAGACGAAACGGUUUUGCUAACAAAUCAAGGAGAUUUGGUAGAAUCACAUAUAAUGGAUCUAAGGUACGAUGGACUUUAUCGUUCAUGGCCGUUUUUAACUACACGAUUAACCAAGGAUAAAACGACCAUUCCUUUAAUGGAGUCGAAUAUCCGCCACAUUAAAGCAUUAGAGGAACGCAUCUGCAAAAUUGCUGAGGAUUACAAUUCCCGAGGUUGCCAAAGUGAAACAACUCUACCACAAAUACGAUAUAUGAGAGACUUACCAAAUAGUCCGCAAAUAAAAAAGAUACUUAAUAGUUGAUUGAGUGUGGGUUAGGCUAAUGGAAUAAUCGGUUUAUUUUUAGUAUUUUAAUAUGUAAUCUUUAUGCAUGAUCACUAUGUAAUAAUUAUAAAUAGUAAAAUACUUUACCGCUUUUUGCGUUUUAAAUAAAUCAUUGUAGUGCGUAUAUGAUUGUGACA